AUGGGUGCGAAGAAAAAAUCGCAUGCUUUGAAGCAAUCGAAACCUCCGAAAAGGUCAAAACCGGCGAAUAAGAAAAAACCAUCAAAAGAACUAAAAGACAAAAAGAAAGGAUCCGGGAACUCAAAACCUGCAAACAAAACCCGUUCGUCUUCCGCACCAAAUCCGACCAGUACACGUUCUACCACUCCAACGCCGGAAUCAGUCAAUGCUCCUGAGAAGAAAAAGAAGCCACUAAAGCAAAUUGCUCUGUUUUCCAUUCUUUGUUGCAUAAUUAUAGCAUUGUCGAUCGCACUCAUUGUCGUGAUAUCACAAAAUGUCCCAUCGGCUCCAGCUUCUCCAACCCAAGCAACUGUGAAACCUCGAAAUGUGUGUGAAACACCUGCUUGUAUUACGCUGGCUCAUCAGUUGCAAAAUUGGCAAAAUACUUCUGUGGAUCCAUGUCAUGAUUUUUAUAAGUAUUCUUGUGGAAGAUAUAACGAGCAUGUUUCAUUUGAAGGCAAUUCAUUAAACAGGAAGAACAAGAUUUUGAAAGGAUUGAUUGAAGAUUUCUUAAUGAAAAACGUGUCUUCUACCUCGAAGUCUGAAAAUUCCAUGAAAAUUCUGUAUGCAAAAUGCAAAAAAGGAGAAGUUGAGAAGCGCAAAUUUUAUCAACACGUUUUUCGUCAUAUCAAUAGUGUUGGUUCUUGGUCACACUUCAUGGCGAUAGAUAGCAGUGACGUUAACUUUAACUUAACAAAGUGGCUGAGUGGGCUACGACGUUUGAAAAAAUCCUGGACAUCACAAGCAGUCGACUUUGGGUUGUUUUUGAUCAAAUUUAAUGAACAUUCAAAAAUGACGAUUGAGCCAAAAACCAUAAUAUUACCACCCGAAGGAGAUAUGAUGAUGAGAAUACAAACUCUACUGUCUCAUAAUGGCAUUAACACUGAUGGCAUUCUAAUUAGUUCGAAAAUAAAUCAGUUGAAGGAAUUGGAAAGAAAGGAUCCAAUGAAAGUAGUUGAUUUCUUGAUUUAUAUAUUCAUAAAUGCCGAAUUUGACCGAUAUGAAAAAUAUGAGAAGGAAAUGAAACAGAGGGAUUGUGCACAGGUUGUUAUUGCCAAUCUUCCUCACGCUUCGACUCGAGUUUUUGUUCGAAAUUUUCUCAAUAAAAAGAAUCUGAAAUCUGUAUCAGAUUUAGUAGAAAGCGAGAAGUCUAGUUUCAUCGAGAUGAUCAAAGAAUCUAAACAACUUCAGGAAAAUAGCAAAAAGAAAGCGGUUGUGAAGGUGGAAAAGAUGAAGAAAGUGAUAGGAUAUCCAAAAGAAUUUGAAGCUCCAGGAGCUUUGGAUAAUUCCUAUCAGCUCAACUUAUCUCCCAGCGAUUCUUACAAUGGAAUGUUGAUGAAAAUAGAAAGGGAUUUUACGAAGUAUUAUCUAGACUAUGUUUCCAAAAAAUCUGUUAUUCAUCCAGCGAUCUUGAUUUUGUGGGCAAAUGCUGUAUACUUAGACGAUAACAUUUUGGUUAUUCCGCCUCCAAUAAUGGAUGACCCCUUUUUCGAUGAAUCUUAUCCUGAAUACGCAAAAAUCGCAAUCCUUGGAACCACGAUAGCUCAUGAAAUGGGGCAUGCCUUUGAUAAAAGCAGGGUCGGUUAUGAUGAAAACGGUAAAAACGGGAGAAUGCUCAGUCCGGUGGACUUAAAAAGUUUUAUGAAAACUUCGAAAUGUUUCCAUAAACAGUACAUCAAUUAUGACGACCCAGACUUUGGAAAGCAGAAAAGACCCGACACAUCAAUAAACGAAGUAAUCUCGGAUAACAUUGCUGCAAAAGUCGCUUGGAAAACUUUCAAAAAACUGAAUUUGUCUCAAGAGAGCAAGAUCAUCGGGUUCGAGGACUACGAUAUUGACAAACUCUUCUUUCAAAUGCAGGCUUUGGUCAGCAGUGGUGAAAAUCUGAAAGCGAAGUCUUCUGUUGGAAAUACUAAAAUUCACUGGACUUCUAGUCACCGCUUUGUCAUUGAUCGGCUUCCAAAAUCGAAUGUUCACGCUUACUGCUAUUUGGCGUUUGUCCUCUUGAUUCAAUCAAUUGGCACGUCAUGCUUCGGAUCCGAUUUAUCCGAAAAAGAAUCGCUCGCGUGGUGGCUCUGGAUCAUCUCAUUGGGAUUAGUUUGUUCUAAAUAUCUCGAAGUUGUCCUCCCUCGAUUUGGUCUCUGGAAUGCGGUUCGAGCCGCCGAGCAACUCGCCGCGCAACCCGCCGAGGAACCCGCCGAGCAAUUCGUCGAGCAUCCGAUCGAACAACCAGUGCAACCGGUCGAACAACCAGCCGAGCAAGCAGUCGAGCAACAUGAGAAUUCUGAGUUUUUCAAAUAUUCUGAGUUUGAUUGCAAGGAAAAUCUGCCGAAAAUUGAAAAAUACGAUAAGAGGAAUCUACUGGUAGGAUACUAUGGACUAGCAAUCGUUUCAUUUAUUCCUCAAUGUAUUGUUUGGUGGACUGAAUAUGACGAUCUAGUUGUCGCUACUUUAUUUGUUAUAUACCACAUUCUGGCGAUGACUUUACUUGUAAUUUUCAUUUAUCCACAUAUUUGGAAAUAUGAAUUGGAUUACUCGGAAAAUUUAGGACCUUUCAUAGCAAUCAGAAUUUUUUUACAAACAUUUCUUACGUGGGUUUUUUUGAAAGAAAGUCAUUUCAUCUUACCCCAUUUGUACUGUAAUAUUUGGCUUUUUAUUGCAAUCAAUGAAAUUCGUACAGUGGAAAGUGAUCACGUUCAAAUUCCUCUUGAAGAGACGAAUGAAGAAGAAUCCAAAAAAGAAGCCGCUGUACUUCCAACAGAAAUUCCACGUGAACAGAGGAGAAGAUAUGUUAUGUUGUAUCCACAUGGCUUGUAUCAACGUUUUAUUUUAUCUCAUUGGUACUACAAUAUUUGGCUUUUUAUCGCAAUCAAUGAUAUUCGUACAGUGCAAAGUGAUCACGUCCAACUUCCUCCUGAGCAGAGAAUUAAUGAACGGGAAUCUAAUAAAGAGGCUCUAGGACCUCAAGACUUGAAACCAGCCACCCGAAGCGUUACGUCUUCUGGACUAAGCUCGGCUCCUGGCUCCACGAUUUCCAAAUCUGAUCCGUCGAAAACUCCUGAGAAAAAAAAGAAGCCACUGAAACAGAUUGCCCUGUUUUCAGUUCUUUGUUUCAUAAUUCUCGCACUAACAAUCGCUCUCGUUAUCGUAGGCUCAAAGGAUGCCCCUGUUUCCCCAGAACCUCCUAUUCCUCCUCCAACCCAGGAAACUGUGAAACCUCGAAAUGUUUGUGAAACACCUGCCUGCAUUACGUUGGCUUCGCAAUUACAUGAUUGGCAGAAUACUUCCGUAGAUCCAUGCCACGAUUUUUACAAAUAUUCUUGUGGGAGAUACAAGGAACACGUGGAAUUUGAAGGUCCUCCAAUCUAUAGAAAAAACAAUGAUGUGAAAAGAUUGGUUAAAGGUGAGGUUCAAAUCCCGCUUGUUAGUUCAACGAAAGACACUGAUAAGAGUAAGGAGGAAUUCUACAGAAAAGUUCAUGAAAAACUUGAAGAAAUUGAUGUUACAACUGCUUUGGGAAUAUUGGACGAAACCAAAUUGCUCAAAUCACUCUUGAUUGUUGCUCACCCGGAAGGAAACAAAGUGAACUUUGGACUGUUCACCCUUCGUUUUUCAUACGAUUCUAAAAUUUAUCUUGAAGCGCCCAAAAUUGAGUUGGAUGAGACGGAUAUCUUAAAAAAUUAUAAUUCUGUUUAUUCGGGAAUUCCCGGAUAUCUGACCUGGAUUACUGCGUUUGAGGAUAAAAACAUUCGCAGAGUUUUGAUUUUAUUUAUGCAGUUGCAGUUUCAGGCAGUUAUGGAACUUCUUCCGCAAGAGUCUCUUCAAUUUUUUGCACGCAAUCGUUUCAACAAGAAAAAUCUAAAAGACGUAACUGAUGUAGUUGAAGCAACAAGAUCAAGUUUCGUUGAGAUUAUUAAAGAAUCGAAUAUUCUCAAAGAAAACAAACAACAAGCUGUUCAGAAAGUCGAGAAAAUAAAAACAAUGAUUGGAUUUUCGGAGGGAAACGAGGUAUCUGGAAACAGUUCGCAUUCGCUCUUCCUUCCUUCAUCGCGGGAAUACUAUUUCAUCAUGGAAGAUAUCGAUAGAGAUUAUAUCAAGCGUAUGAUCGAUUUCGCUUCUCUGAAACUAUCUGUACAUCCGUAUGCUUUGAACCCAAUAGCAAGAACAGAAUACUCCACACCUUCUAACUAUUUAUCUAUUUCCGCACCAAUCAUCGACAAUCCACUUUUCGAUUCAACCUAUCCUCAAUAUGCCAAAAUAGCUGGAAUCGGAAAUAUUAUUGGUAGUGGAAUAGGUCAUGGAUUUGACAGUGCCGGCAAAAGAAUUAACUCAAAUGGUGAUCUCUGGCCAGAAUGGAAAAAAGAGGAAGAAAAAAAAACCAUUUCUCGAGAGUAUCUUUUUGAUAGUUCAACUACUGCUACUCCUACUACAACUCGGCCAAUCACAAGUGCUCCCGGAACAGGAGAACCGGCCAUAAACGCUCCAGCAACAGGAGAGCCAGUAACAGACGAGCCAGUAACAGAUGGCCCUGCAACUGAAGCUCCCGUGAUAUUAUGUAAAACGUGUGAUAUUUCAACAAUCGCACCAACACUGACAGACUCCGCAACUGCUUUCACUUCAAAGGAGUUAUCGGCAACUGGCAAGUGCAAAACAACUCAAGUAAAGUGUGCCAGAACUGACGAUCAACUUUGCACCGAUGUUAAGAUGACGGCUAACGGAUCGCCACUAGAAGCUAGUGCAACUGCAACUGAUGUGACUGCUACUGUAACCUGUGCAGAAGACGGGAAAUACUCUUCAGGCACUAUAACUGGAAUCACCAAACUGACUUGCGAAUUUACCGAAUGUGCACCACCGAAUCCAUGUACUCUAUGCGACGUUUCCAAGAUUGUGCCAACAAAUAUGGCAGCGGGAACUAAAUUUGAGCAAAAGGAAAUGGCGUACCCCUGUAAGCAGGCCGAGGUAACGUGCUCACGAACCGAUUCACUGCUUUGUCAAAGUAUUGCACUACUGGGUAACGGUAUACCAUUUGCUACGGUUUCGGAAUCUCGAAGUAUAAAUAGUGUUGUGUACUGUGGUGAGGAUGCGACAUACAGUUCUGGGCCAGCUAAGCGCAUCACUCAACUCUCAUGUGAAUUCGAUGGGUGUGAAGAUCCGACGCCAUGUGAUGCUUGUGAUAUCACGACUAUUGCACCAUCUUCAAUCGAAGCAGGAGCAAGUUUUCAGCAUCGAGACGACAUAGAAUUAAAUGGAUGCCGGCAAAUUUAUGUGUUUUGUCAGCGGGAUGACAGUAAAGUUUGCUCAACUAUUAGUAUCAAGGCGACGGUACCUUCUGGAACGAUCACGCUUAAAACUGAGUCCAGUGUAAGCAUAACGCAAGCUAUUGUGUUAUGUAGGAACGGAUUCAUCACUGAGUAUGGGAAAAGAGAAGCGAUCUCCGCGUUGUCUUGUGAGUUUGAAGCAUGUGUGUGA